AUCAAAUAAGAGUAUGCUUGGACAUCGGUAGGUUUUGCAUUGCCCUUCUUUCCUAAAAGACAACAUAGCCAUAAACAAUACAACGAAAUAGAAACAGACUAUGCACUGCCGGCCGUUCGACCUCCGCGACCCUGGAGUAGGUAGGAAAACUUGAGCGCAGGAAUCCCCAGACACUCAUCGACACUAGUGAGGACGGCCACGGAGAUCUGUCAAGCAGGAGUGUAAAGGAUUUACGCCUUGCUCCUACCAGAAGCUCUCUCUAGCUAAGAUGAAUCGAAUAUGGCCGGUGAUGCUCAAGAGCAUCGUGAUACUGGCGCUGUGGGUCGCCGUGGUGUCCCUGAGUGUCCGCUCGUUCUUCAGUCUGGUGAUGGCGUCGCACCUGCCGUUGCUGAUCCUUCUCCUUUGUGGUGCAUGCUUUGUCAUCCUUAACAUUGUUUGUUUCGUGCACUUGUGUGGCAGCGUCAACAAAGUGUUCCUGAUCCUGCUCCUGCUCACGCUGACUGUUGUUAUGUACCCGUUGUGCCUCCAAGUAUGGCGUGCCUUUAUGGCUGCCAUGGAGAAAGACCAGACAAUCAGGAAGCAAAAGAUUCUGAAAGCCAGGUACGCAAAUUGGGUUGAUUCGAAACUGUCCAAGAAGCAGCUUCCAGACAUAGAUUCACCACACAUAUUUGGGAGCUGCGUGCCAUCCCGCCCAGCUCCUGCUUCGCCAAUGGGUACAACCAGCCAACAGGGUGCUUCUGUCCCUGGUGAUAACUCUCCGGCCGUAGAGGUAACCCGCACCAAGUUCCACGGCAAUACGAAGAAUAUAAGGCUCUCGUUGGACACGCCGGAAAUCUACACCGGGGAACGUAAAAUCUGCAAAUACGUAAUGAGAGCUUUGAAACAUCUAAUAUUUAAAAAGAUGUCAUACCACUUCAUCACUAACGCAUCAGGAGACAUCCUCCAUGUAUCAAAGUCUAAGGCUAUUGCCGAAGAACUUCCCGACCGUGUGGUUCAGAACGACCCUCUCGUCAUUUGUAAUGAUAACCAUUACAUCAUUACCUUUGUUAAGAAUUUCUGGUUUGAGAAGUUCCAAGUCACCAAAAGGAGCGACAGCAAAAUUGUAAAUUUUGAACAAAUUGACCUCAACAAGUUUAUAUGGCCGAUGGUAUGGCCUUCAACUGUCAGCCUUUUUUACGCUAUGUUCGAAAUUCAGCAUAUAAACAGGCACACUGUCUAUGCGUUCAUUUACCCAGCAGUGGGUGUGGUAGCAUGGUUGCUAACUAGGCACAAUGUGGAUGACAUAUGGAAGAACGUUUUACUUCUUAUGCCUCUUAGACUUUUCUUUACUGUCAGCAGAUCUCUCCUGGUAUGUGCCAUCGCCGUGACCUGGUUCUACCCUGCUCUUUCAAUCUAUGUUACCGCCAAGAUCCUCGGGAUCAUCGUUCUUAGCAUUCACGUCACCUAUGCGAAAGUGAGACGAAAUGUUGAGCUCUUAGGUGACCCAGUCGACAAGUACACUUUCAAUCCGCUACUUCAGUUCUGGGUGCAGGUAGUCGAGAGUUGUGUUUACUGCAUCUGGGGAGUUGCGUGGCGUUUCUCCCAGAACGUGCCGUCGCCAAUUCAUCACAGUGUGUUACCUAUGAUUAUUAUCUGUCAAAUUGUUGGACUAAUUUGGAUUGGGGUCGUAAAGAGGUAUCACGUAGAACUGUUGCGAGAUCCAGUGAAGGUAUUCAAGAUUGCUCAAAACAGGUUGGGUGAAAGCGUGCUAAACAGUAUUGAGGCCUAGACACUAUGAUAUAUACACACACACACACACACACACGCACACACGCACACACGCACACACGCACACACGCACACACACACACACACACACACAC